CUUAAUGUGAUAUCAGUGCAAUGUCAGAAUGACAAGUUCCCAGUCGCUGUUUGGCUGUUGGUUAUCCAGAACUUUCUCUGCUCCUAGAUACUUGUUUAAUUUCCUCUCUACUUGCAUGUCGUUUAGAAGAGUGGUAAUAGAUGAAUGGGGUGGGGGCGGUUCAUUCAGAAUCGUCCUAUUUGAGUCUUUAUUUACGUCAGGAAAAGACCUGGGUGAGGCUGGGAGGCCAGCUGUUGGCUGAGGUGGAGUUUGAGGAUUGGCAGUAGAUAGAGAUUACUCAGGCCCUCUGCGCCCGCCAGCAGUGGGAAUGGACUGUGUUGUGGACCGAGGGGGUGUUCACAUUCACUCAUCUCCCUGUGGGGGUAGGUUCGAGGAACCGCUGGCCAACUUGCUAAAUGAGCAACAUCGGACAGUAAAGGAGCUACUGGAACAGCUGAAGAUGAAGAAAUCCUCAUCCAGACAGCAGCAGGAGGUGGAGAGGGUUAAGCCCAAGAGCGAAAAAAUGCCCCAGACUCUGGUUCUCGAUCUUGCCCAGAGGAAGAGACUCCAACAACAGAUGCAGCAGCAUGUUCAGCUCUUGACGCAGAUCCACCUUCUCGCCAGCUCCAACCCCAGUCUGAGUUCGGAGGCCAGCACCACCAGAAUAUUUCUUAAAGAGCUGGGAACCUUUGCUCAAAGCUCCAUCGCCCUUCACCAUCCAUUCAACCCCAAGUUUCAGACCUUGUUCCAGCCCUGUAACCUGACGGGAGCCAUGCAGCUCAUUGAAGACUUCAGCACACACGUCAGCGUUGACUGGAGUCCUCGUAAAACUGUCAAGAAGCCUGCCUAUGAAUUUCCCUGUUUGCCAAAGCAAGUGGCUUGGAUCCUGGCGACAAGCAAGGUAUUCAUGUAUCCAGAGCUACUUCCAUUAUGUUCUCUGCAGGCAAAGGAUCCCGAGGAUAAGAGCUUCUUCACCAAGGCUGAGGACAAUUUGUUAGCUUUGGGACUGAAGCACUUCGAAUGUACUGAGUUUCCGAAGCCUCUAAUCAGCAAGUACCUUCUAACCUGCAAGACUGUCCACCAGCUGACGGUGAGAAUCAAGAACCUGAACUUGAGCAGAGCUCCUGACAACAUCGUGAAAUUGUAUAAGAAGACCAAACAGCUGCCCGUCUUGGUGAAGUGCUGUGAAGAAGUCCAGCCACAUCAGUGGAAGCCGCCUGUAGAGAGGGAAGAACACCGACUCCCUUUCUGGUUAAAGGCCAGUUUGCCAUCCAUCCAGAAGGAAAUGCGGCACCUGGCUGAUGGUGCUGGCGAGGCAGGAAGUGUGACCGGAGCUCCUGAGACCAGCUCUGACCCAGGCCUGAACAAAGGCAGCUCAGAACUGGGGAGUGAAGCUCAGUACCCACUGCUGUUGCCGAAGGGUGUAGUCCUGAAACUGAAGCCAGGUGCCAAGCGUUUUUCCAGGAAAGCUUGGAGACAGAAGCGGUCAUCGGGCCUGAAGCCCCUUCUGAUCCGACCCAGCCCCUCACUCCAGCCUAGCUUCAACUCUGGGGAAACACCAGCCAGAUCAACUCAGUCAGAAACCCCUCCGAGCAAAAUGUUUGAGGAGCAGCAGGCUUUUGAGAAGAGUCGCAAGUUUCUCCGGCAGCUGGAGAUUUGCUUUGCAGAGAACCCCUCGCACCACCAGAAGAUUAUCAAGGUGCUACAAGGCUGUGCAGACUGCCUGCCCCAGGAGAUCACCGAGCUCAAGACACAAAUGUGGCAACUCCUCAAGGGCCAUGACCACCUGCAGGAUGAGUUUUCCAUCUUCUUUGACCAUUUGCGCCCAGCAGCUAGCCGGAUGGGUGACUUCGAAGAGAUCAACUGGACCGAGGAGAAAGAGUAUGAGUUCGAUGGCUUCGAAGAAGUGGCAUUGCCUGAUGUGGAAGAGGACGACGAACCUCCUAAGAUACCCACAGCCUCAAAGAACAAGAGAAGAAAAGAGAUUGGGGUCCAGAAUCAUGAUAAGGAGACUGAGUGGCCAGAUGGGACCAAGGACUGUGCCUGUUCCUGCCAUGACGGAGGUCCUGAUUCAAAGCUGAAGAAGAGCAAAAGGAGAAGCUGUAGCCACUGCAGCAGCAAGCAAAUCCAAGAGCAAGGAGCCCCAUGAGCUGGUGAGCAACAGCCCCCACCGAGAGGCCAGUCCCAUGCUUGGUGCUAAGGACGCUGUGCAGGGCAAGGACACGGUGGAGGAGGAAGCCCCAGAGGAGCGGGAGAGCAUCGAGGCCACC